AUGUCGCUCGCACCAUCGACGAGCACCGGCACGCUCGCCGCAGCGCCCACCCGCUCCCACCUCUCGCUCAAGGGAUCGACGUCGCUGGUCCACGAGUUCUUCACCUACUGCGUCCAGUCCAUCCUCUACCAGCGCAACAUCUACCCGUCCGAAGACUUCAAGACGGUGAAAAAGUACGGCCUCCAGAUGCUCGUCACCACCGACGACAGCGUCGCAGACUACCUCGAACGCGCAAUGAACCAGCUCCAGGACUGGCUCGAGCGCGGAAAAGUCACCCGCCUCGUCGUCGCCAUCGUCGAGCGCGAGACGGGCGAAACGAGGGAGAGGUGGCAGUUUGACGUAGAGGUACUUCAAAAGAACCAGGCGCCCGCGGCGGCGGCAGCAGAGGGCAAGGAGAACGAGCUACCAACACCAGCAGAAGGUGACAAGGCAGCGCCUCCAGCGGCAAAGCAAAAGACCGACGCGCAGAUCCGAGCCGAAAUCGCCGCCAUCAUCAAGCAGAUCACCGCCAGCUGCACCUUCCUUCCCGUCCUCGAAGAGCUCUGCCACUUCCAGAUCCUCGCCUACACAGAUCGCGACACCGAGGCGCCAGUCGAGUGGACCGAGUCAGACGCCAGGCUCAUCGCAGAGGGCCAGGCGGAACAGGUCAAGCUGCGCAGCUUCAGCACCCAUGUACACCGCAUCGACGCCAUGGUCGCAUACAGGCGGGGCGAGGAGGACGAGUAG